GAGAGAGAGAGAGAGACGGGGAGAGAGAGAGGAGGUUUGGAUUUGAGUUUGAGCAGAUCUGAUCAGAUCUGACCUUCCUUCAUGGUGAACUUUUACCACUUUCUCCUCUCAGGAAACUUUCUAACCCUCUCUUCGGACUGCGUCGGGUGGUGUCGGGGUGUUGUUGGAGUCUGUCUGCCGGAGUAUCAGCCGCUCUCUGCGCUUCAGGAAUGCACUUUGCAGGAAACGCAGCUCGGUGCUCGGACACCUCCUGCGUUGCUUUUUCUUAACAAGGAGCUGUAAAUGAAUGAAGGAAAUGCGCUGGUGAAGGACAGAUCGUCUUCUUCAGUCUGGUUCCCCCCUCCUCAGUCCGCCGGGCCGCUGCCGGGCUGAGGUCAUUGGAGCCCGGAGUGAGCGCUCCCUGGGCGGGCAUGGAGAGCGGCGGCCGGGCGGGGCUCCAGCAGGCGGCGGGCGCAGGAGAAGGAGGAGGCGGCUGGGUGCUGGUGGAGGCCCGGCUGCAGGGUGGAGCGCCGUGGGGCUUCACCGUGCAGGGCGGCCUGGAGCACGAAGAGCCGCUCAUCAUCUCCAAGGUGGAGGAGGGCGGUAAGGCUGACAGAUUGGAGCAGCCUCUGCUGGUGGGGGAUGAGAUUAUUGUCAUUAAUGACGUGGAACUGACUGGAUACAGACAGGAAGCCAUCGCUCUGGUCAAAGGAUCGUACAAGACUCUGCAGCUCACUGUCCGCAGGGAGUUCGAUCCAGGAUACAUCGAGGAGUUUGGUACUUCACGUCCCUCCCUUCCUGCCCUUCCUCCUCCUUCUCCUCCUCCUCAUUCUUCUCAAUCGCCGCCACCACAACAACAAACGCCACCGUCAUCCCAACACAGCAAACCAUGUACAGCAAGAGGCGUCCAACUACGUAUCAAGAACAGACGCAGUGAGCCGGCGUCCCGUCCUCACUCGUGGCACUCGACGAAGCUCGCUGAAGUUCAGCAGGAAGUGGACCCAGGAGCCAUGGACACGAUGAGCAGUGCCUGGCACCACACCUACCACCCCAGUGCCUCGACCACCGACCUGUCCGGCGGGUUUGACUCUGGGGGGUCCUACCUGAGGAAAAGUCCGGACCAGUACAGCUCCAGGGGCAGCAUGGAGAGCCUGGACCCGCCACUCUCCUCCCAGCAUCACUCUGGAGCUCAGCACCACCACCCACUGGGUCACCACAGCCACAGCGGACCCCACCCCACCUACUCCUCCUGCCACCAGCUAUCCUCUGCCAGGUCCUCCAACAGCAUUGACCACCUCCACAGCAAACGAGACUCUGCCUACUCCUCCUUCUCCACCAGCUCCAGUAUCCCAGAGUACCUUGCCUCCACCCCCUCCUUCAGUCCAGAGCGCUCCUAUUCGCUGGAGGCCGUCUCUCAGAGAGGAGGAGGAAGUGGAGAGAUGCAGCAGGCUGACAUACGUUACAUUCGGACGGUUUACGAUGCCCAACAGGUCCUAUCUCAAGAGCACGAGCUGAGCUCCGCCUCCGCCGCACUGCUGCGCAACAGCGAAUCCAGAAGCGGGGGAGGAGCUAGGGUGGGCCAAAGCCGAGACCUGCAAGUUUCAGUGGGCGGGGUCUGCUACCGUGGCAGCAGCAGCAGCAGUAGCGGCAGCAGCAGUGGUGGCGUAUCAGCUUCAAACAGACACAGCGUGGGCCCAAUAUGGGGCCCCGCAGCCAGCCACAGCUCCUACGAGAGCCUGAAGGGGGCACCACCUCCACCAAGGCGAAGCGACAGCUACGCAGCCAUCAAGAACCAUGAGAGGCCGAACUCCUGGUCCAGUCUGGAACAUGCCAGGUCACUACGGUCUCUGCAGAAGGGUUCCUGGCAUCACUCCAGUGGCCCCGUGGCUUCAGGUGCAGCUAAAGGCUCGUAUGGUGCUGAGGGUCAACUCCACACAGUGAUAGAGAAGAGUCCAGAGAGCAGCCCCACCACAAAGCCCCGGCAGGGCGUAGGGUUUCCCCAGCCUCCUUCCCCUACUGGACGCUCCUCCGGACCUACAGACCCAACCCCCCAGUCUGGGCGGUUCAUUUUGCCCACAGGCAUGUACCCCGUCCCCCAGCCUGAGCCCCACUAUGCACAGAUACCCAGUGCCAGCCCUGGGCCAGGCUCCUCUGGAGUCUACCCUGCCCUGGCCAAGGAGAGCAGCCGACAGCAGCACCAGAGUCUUCAAGGCAUUGGAGGGAGAGAGGAGGGAGCAACAGAAGGGCAGAGGGAUGGAAGAAUGUCAGCAACGGAAAACGGAUACCAAAAUAACACUUCUUCAUCAUACUCCUGUUCCUCUUCUUCAACAUCUGGCUCUACACAGAUCAGAACUCAAGCACACGAGGCAGACAGGCCUCAACAGGAAGAGUCUAACUUUGGACUCUACAGAACCCACCUGGAAACUGUCGGAGGGGGCUCAGAGGGCCAGACGGAGGCUCCAAUGUCCCAAAACCACCAGGGACGUCAUAGUCAGAACUUCCAAGGGUCACAUAGUCAUACAAGCCAGGGACGUCACGGCCAAGUGAUCCAUGACCAGAACCCAGAUUUCCAAAAUGCCCACAUCCAGGUGACAGCUGCUCUCAGGCCCCCAUCCUCUCAAGAGUAUAGGGACCCCUGCACACCUGUUCAAUCCAGGGGAGACAGGACUAGAUCAAUGGACCAGACCAGCAUUCAUUCAGAGCCAGUGGCAUCCUCCAGGCUCGCCCAUGGACAGGGGACAACUACUGACUUACCUGCUCAGCCCCAUGCUGCACCCACCUCUGCCUCCCAGCCUUCUUCCUGUCACCUCAGUGACUCAGCAGCUCUACAGUACCAACACUGGGACCACAGAGAGCGGGACAAGGACAGAGAACACCCACUGACCCGUCUGGAGAUCGCCCUUGCCGAGGUCCAGCGAUGCGCCAGCCCUAACAGUGUAGUCUCUCCCAGUAGUCAUGGCAACAGUAGCUUUGGUGAUGGCAGUCAUGGACCUGCCCGCAGCCUCUCAGUUCUAGAGAAGGUCAGUCGCUUCGAGCGUCGGGAACGGGCCGGAAAGCAGCGCAGUCACAGCAUCACCAAUCCACACAACAAAGUCCCCCAUCUGAGGAUGUCUGAGAAAGGACGUGGUGCAGCCUGUGGAGCAGAUGACCUCAGAAACAUGCUAGAGAGAGCAACCAAUGGGACCAAAGUCCACAGGACUCUGAGCUACAGAGGGGGCAGCAGCGACCACAUGAAAUACAGGACCCCAGCAGAUCCCACCUCAGCCCUCCAGAGGAGCCGCAGCAGCUUCCAGCUAGAACAAUCCAGGGAGGGUGACAGCAGCAAAGACUUCCCCUGGAGACGGGACACCCAAGAGAUGCUGGGAUCCAUGCAGGACACAUCCUUCAACAGAUCUUACAGGGACUCUUUGAAAGAUGCCCAGUCUAAGGUCCUUCGGUCCACCUCUUUCAGACGGAGAGAUCUCAGCUCCUCAAUCAGUCCUCCGCCUCCUACAGCACCUACUCCUGUAUCUUCCUCCAUCAGCCAUCAGCCUCCACCCGUCCCUGCCAAGCACCACUCCUUGGAAAAAAAAGGCCCAAAAACCAUGCCCAAACCACUGGGCAUCCUCAUCACACCACAGUCGCCACCACCGGUCACUUCCCCUCAUACCCCAAAGGAGCGGCAUGUGGUCAGCCCGGAGAUUCGAGGCUCAAGCCCCCCAGCCCUCCCUAGCGUCCCACCGGUUGGACCUCCUGCUCUGAUACGGAUCUGCGGUCGCAAGCGUCUGGCAGCCGACCAGAAGAAACGCUCGUACUCAGAGCCAGAGAACAUGAAUGAGGUCGGUGUUUCAGAUGCUGAGACUGCUGCCCUCUUCAGACGUGGAGGAGAGACCAGCGUGGCAGACCGGCGGAAGAUGUUUGAGCUUGCAGCAAGUCGUGUCACGGAUGGGUCUCUGCAAAAUGCCACGUCAAGGCCCGACUUACGGCAGCUUCAGCACGACGCUCUGGCAGAAUACGUCGAGAGGAAGAGAGGCGUGAAAAGAGAUGAGGGAGGACAGAGGAGUGGAUCAAGGCCUCGCAGUGCUUAUCUACAGCCUGAAAACAGCAACCAUACAGUAUCGUACUGUCACUCAGACACUGUCAGCCUCUCCUCCACCUCCAGCCUGCUCUCCCUCCAGGACCCUGGUCCAGAUCGAAGCCUCUCUCCUGGAGAGAGGCAUCUCUGCUCCACCCUCCCUCCUGGAGCUGAUCUGCGGAGCCUCCAGUCCAACCUCUUCUACCCAGGCAGGGUGACCACUCCGAGGCCUCCAGUGCACCCACAGCCAAGUGCUCCUUCUGGCUCCCCUCCUGAGCUCCAGGCCCAAAUCUCCCAGGAUCUCACCCCUGAAACAGGACUGAGCAGGCAGAGCCAGCCUUCCAGCAGAGACCCAGGUCUGGGCCACCAGCAGCUGGCCUCAGAGCCUCAACUCAACCUGGGACUGCCCAAGCAGCUCAAUGGUGCGCCGCAGAAGGCCAGGUCAGCUCGGGGUUCUGGGAAGUCGGCUUCUGCUGAGGAUCUCCUGGAGAGAUACGAGGAGAAACAAACGAUUCCUCAACACUUUCGCUCUCACUCCUCCCCCACAGGAGAGAGACUGAACCAGGACUUCCCUCCAGGUGAUUUCAGGGUGUUUGGUGUCUUCGCCUCUGAACCUGGACGCUGCUCUGUGGCUGAGGACAGACCUGCAGACAUCCAGGCAUCAGUGGGUCUCAUCUCUCCUCAGCACUCCCAGAACAGUCUGAACACCGUCCAGCCUGCAGGACCUUCUCAAAACCCGGGCUCCUCCCGCACGCCGGUCACUCGCAGGGAGCGACAGAGGAACAGCGAGCGGCAGCGAGCCAGCAGCACCUCCACCUUGGCGGCCUCUGUUGGCCUUCCCUGCCCCUUCUCCCCAUCAGGGACACAGGACGGAGGUAGCGCUGAGUGGCAUGCUAGCGAGAGGCUCAGCCAAGCCAACUUGGUUGCCAUCACCUUCCCAGGCAUCCCGGAAACCGGCACGGGUGAUGGCGUUAACGCUGCUGGACACAAUGAACCCCUGGUGACGGACAGACAGACGAGACACAGUUUGAGUGAUGCCAGCGUGUUAGAAGACACUACAAACGACAUGUACAGAGGGAGAGCCUUCAGUUUAGAGAUGAGAGGAGGCCAUUCAGCAGAAAAUACCAAACGAGUUUCACCAGUGACGCAGACACCACUGCCCCAUUUCCAGCUUGCAGCCCCACCAAACAGGAAGGACAGCGGGAGCACCGCUCCGUCUCCUCCGCCAUCCCCCCAUCCGUCCAUUCAGCAGCACCUGUCCUCACUGCGGAUCUCCGAGUCCAGCCUCUUCGGCUCCAUCGACCAGCAGCAACCAGGCCUAUCGCAGGAGGACUUCGACGAGGUCUUCCUCCAAAAUCCUCCCCCUCCGUCACCUCCUCCGCCAAUCAAAGAGACAAGCAUCAUGGAAGAUUUCCCUCCUCCUCCUCCUCCCCUGGAGUUGGAGCAGGAAGCUGGACACCAGACUGUGACAAGGACCUCAUCCCUCCACUCCCCUCCAAUGUCUCCUUCUUCCUCCAUCUUUCCUCCACCCGUGUCCAGCCUCAUUCCUUCCCCGAAGCCACAGCCCUCCACCAUCACCUCCAUCACCACAUCCACUACAACCAACAGCCUAGGUCUUGAGUACCAGCCCCUGCCCAAGAGGGAAAAGACAUCUGAGGAACUCCGAGUGGAGGCGCUGGCCAGGCAGCUGGUGUUGCAGGACAGCUCUCUGGCGCCCCUCUUGGACACAUGGGGGGGUAAAUCCACAGUAGAGCUCAUGGAGGAGAUCUUUCCAAACAGCAGCUUGGUCGGUAAAUCACCAUGGCAGCGCAGGGGCAGUAGCCGAUUGGAUGACAGAAUCCAAGAUGGUGUCUGUGAUCCUGCUCAGAUCACAGCAGUGGAUCAAAGGAAAGAGACCAAUCUGGAUGAGGAUGAGACAGACCUAAACACCAAGAAGGUGGAGCUGUGCGAGGCUCUGAGGUGCAGCGUGGCAGCACUGCGACAGGAGAAGGAGGUGCUCUGUGAGGAGCAGAGAUGUCACCAGGCACUAGGGGCGAGCAUCGAGGCACUGGUGCAGGAACGCCUCAAACCCAACGAGCGGGACAAGUACAGCAUGUUCAUUGGAGACCUGGAGAAGAUUGUGAACCUGCUGCUGUCGCUGUGCAGCAGGAUGUCGAGGAUCGACAGAUCUCUGCUGGCUCUGCAGAGAGAGGAGCUAACGCAGGAGGACACAGCAGGGGAGAGGGACUCCCUCCAACACAAACGCUCUCUGCUCCUCAGUCAGACUGAUGAUGCUCGGGAGCUGAAGGAGAACUUGGACCGGCGGCAGCGCGUGGUCCAGGCCAUCCUGUCCGGCUACCUCACUGAACCGCAGCUCCAGGACUACCGCCGCUUCGUCAGCACCAAACCCUCCCUUCUGAUUCGCCAGCGCCAUCUUGACGACCUGAUACGGCGGGGGGACGAGCAGCUGACGCGAUUGGCCGAGAGCCUGCCGCAGGAGCUGGCCGAGGCCCACGGCUGGUCGAGGCCGUGUCUGUUCUCGUCAUCGAGCCCCGCCCCCUGCUCUUCUCCUUUUCCCCCGCUGCUUCCAGCCCACUCAGUCAGGUCCACCACUGUGACAUCACUGUGAUGUCAUGGACAGGCCGUCAUUACAAGUGGCAGCGAGGGGAGGGAAAUCAAGAAGAGACAGCUGACUCCUUAAAAACUCACCCGGAGCUCCAGUGAUGCUCUAAAUUGAAGGAACUCUACAUGAAGGAAGAGCAGGCCUGAAACAGGCUCUGUUCACACUGAAGCAACUAUGCAGACUUCACACAUGAAGAAGAAAAGCCUUUAAUGUGCCUCAGUCUAUCAACACCCGACUGUACGCUACACCUCUGUUCACCUUAACAUGAGCAAUCAGUGCUGUGUGGACUAAACUGACUGCUGCCAACAUCUGGAAUCACCCUCUGCUCUGAAAGGUGAUUUUAAGGGCCACCAAGUGUUUUCAGGUUGGAAGUUCAUCAGAUACUUCAAAGGACAACUCCAGUGUUACGGUUAAUCUGCUGCAGCCACCCAGCUCUCAGUAAAGAAAUGGAAAAUUCAGCUAUCCUAUCUGUGUUUAAUUUGCCGGAUAGAUUCAAAGAACAAAAAACAAAUGUUUCCAUAAUACGACAGAGGACCUCUUCAGCUGCAGUUCCAGCCCUGCAUUCACCAACAGCAUGAGUUCUCCUCAGCUGAAGGAGCCAGAGAGGUUUCAGAGAACUGACCAGAGUCCUGGUGCAGACUGCUUAUACAGCAGCCUGACUCAAUAGUAAGAUGACGGGAAGUUAGCGCCGACGGCAUAACAACACAGACGGUGCUUUCAGGAAUCUCCAGGAAUCCUUUUUCCUGAUGACGAGACAAAGUGAGCAGGUCCUCUCCCAAAGACGAAACACUGUCACCUUUAAAAUGAAAUAGACUUUUGUCAUCUUGUCAAACUCCUCAGAGAUUUUCACACGGCCUGCUCAGCUUUUCGCACAUGAAUAGUCAGCCUACAUGAAUAAACGAACACCAAAAUUGGAGAGACGCUGUUUUUCUUUUACCGCUAUGAGAAGAAUCCAAACUUUGAGAUAAUCAGAGACACCUGAAGGGCGACUGCUUCAAGAGAACUGCUCUGAUCACUGUCACAUGAUACUGUAACACUACUACUGUCACUACUGUCUGUACGUCUGGAGCUUGUAGCACUUUUUAACAGUUUGACUACUGUUUGCAGCAGAUUUUACACUGAAUGAUAAACAUUGUUCCACUUGUGCCUCUUUAAAGGUGGAUGUGAUGAAACAUUUUAUGUAAAAAAAAAAAAAAAGGAAAAAUUCAGAUUCCAAA